UAUUUGCUCAAACUUCAAAGCUGAAGUCAAGACAUGGCAAUCUGUGCUGUUAGAAAGAAAAUGGCUUUUAAGAGGUUUAUCAAGUGCCUGACGACGCUGGGGACGUUUUCUCUCAUCCUCAUGAGUAUGCUUUUUUAUUUUGCUCUUUGGGACACCGUCUCUAAGAGACAGUCAUCUUCUGGUCUCAGAAUACUGGAGCAGUACUCCAUUGACCUGCCGGGCUGCUCAGCUGUCAUCAGUGGAGACACUGAGGGGAAGAAAGGUGAAUUAGCGGCACUUCUUUCUUCUAAGAAAAGACACCAGUUUUUGUCUGAGGAUUUCUACCUGAAUGCAACAGAGGACUGCUCAGCGUACAUUGAAGACAGAGGUUUUAUUACAGUGCCUCUAAGUAUGGAGGAGAAUGAUUUUCCCAUUGCGUACUCCAUGGUGAUCCACGAGAAGAUUGAGAUGUUUGAGCGUCUCCUACGAGCUGUUUAUGCUCCUCAGAACAUCUACUGUGUGCAUGUGGAUCAGAAAUCCUCUGCACAGUUCAAAAAGGCUGUGAAGGCAAUUGCUUCUUGCUUCCCCAACGUGUUUGUGGCCACAGCAUUAGAAAGCGUGGUGUAUGCCUCAUGGUCUCGAGUACAGGCAGACCUGAACUGCAUGAGGGACCUGCUGCGCUCCGACGUCCAGUGGAGAUACCUGCUGAACACCUGUGGGACAGAUUUCCCCAUCAAAACCAACGGGGAGAUGGUGAGGACGCUGAAAUUCCUCAAUGGGAGAAACAGCAUGGAGUCUGAAGUCCCCAGUAACUUCAAGAAAGGCCGCUGGCAGUAUCAUCACAAUGUCACCGACACUAUCGUGAAGACGGACGUGAAGAAGAGUCCUCCACCUAUCAGUGUCCCCAUGUUCGCAGGAAAUGCAUACUUUGUGGUGACCAGAGCCUUUGUGAAGCAUGUGAUCGAGGACAAAGAGAUCCAGAAGUUUCUGGAGUGGGAGAAGGACACCUACAGCCCUGAUGAGCACCUGUGGGCCACUCUUCAGAGAAUGCCCUCCGUUCCUGGAUCAGUGCCGAGCAACAGCAAGUAUGAUGUGUCAGACAUGAAUGCCUUUGCUCGCGUGGUGAAGUGGAGCUAUUCAGCAGGCGAUGUGAAACAGGGAGCCCCCUACAGACCCUGCACCGGCGUCUACAGAAGAUCUGUUUGUGUGUAUGGAGCUGGUGACCUGCAGUGGCUGCUGGAACAACAGCAGCUCUUUGCCAAUAAGUUUGAUCCUGAGGUUGAUGACAUUGCCAUCAGGUGUUUAGAGUCAGUGCUGCGUUUCAAAGCUUUAACAGACGAUCAAAAUUUUAAUGAAAAAUGUAAUAUUAAUAGUAAUAUCUGAGACCUGAUAUAUAUAUGUUACUUGAUAAUUGGCUUUGAAUAAAUGUCUAAAAUGAUACAUUUGCUGAAGGUUUUUUUUCUU